CUUCACCCCACCCCUCCUUCUCCCCGCUGACAGUUGCUAUGGCCGGCCUCUGGGCCUUGUUGUCACCGCUUGUCCCGUUCCUGGUGCUUUGGGCCGCCGGAUGGCGUUGGCUCGCCGCGCUGUGUGGGGCUGUUGCGACGGGGGUCUGUCUGCUGCUGGCGGCCUGGUACCGGGCCGAUCCCGGGCCUAGCCGCCGGGUGUGUGUUCUGGUGCUCGGGGACCUGGGCCGCAGUCCGCGGAUGUUGAACCACGCAGUGUCCCUGGGCCGGAACGGCUUCACGGUCACUCUGCUCGGGUACCCCGGUGCAAAACCUCAUCGAGAUAUUUUAAGUAAUGACAAGAUUAACAUAGUUUACAUAACAGAGGUCAUGAUAUCAAUGAAAUUUGGAUCAAAGAUUUUUCAGUAUGGGCUCAAAGUCUUUGUGCAGACCUUACAAAUAUGUUACAUUCUGUUAAAGAUUGAUGCUCCUUCGUACAUGCUCCUACAGAAUCCACCUGGCCUCCCUGCUAUUGCUGCUGUAUGGGCAGUAUGUUUGCUAAGAGGAAGUAAAUUUAUUAUUGACUGGCAUAAUUAUGGUUACACCAUUAUGAGUUUGACACAUGGAUAUCAUCAUCCCAUUGUGCUGAUUGCCAAAUGGUAUGAACAUUUUUUUGGAAAGCUCUCUAAUUCAAAUCUAUGUGUCACCGAAGCCAUGAAAGAAGAUUUGAGAGUGAACUGGAAUAUCAAGGCAACGACACUAUAUGACUGUCCAUCUCCCAUCUUCAGAGAAACCCCUCUAGAAUUACAACAUAAACUGUUUAAGAAACUUGCUAAAGAUUUUGAUGCAUUUAAAGCAAGGAGUGAAUCCGUGCCUUCUUAUUUAGAACAGACAGCAUUCACAGAACUACAUACAGGUACUGGCAAUGUCACCCACAUCCAAGGCAGACCUGCAUUACUGCUUAGCAGUACUAGCUGGACAGAGGACGAAGAUUUUUCCAUUCUGCUGAAAGCCUUGGAAGAAUAUGAAGGUUUCAAGAACAGUGGUAUAACAUUACCACCUCUUGUAUGUGCCAUUACAGGGAAAGGUCCACUACAGGAAUUUUAUAAUAAUCUCAUUGAAAAAUUGCAUUUUAAACAUGUCCACAUAUGCACUUUGUGGCUCGAAGCUGAAGAUUAUCCAGUGUUGCUAGGAUCUGGUGAUCUAGGAGUUUGUCUUCAUAAAUCAACCAGUGGACUGGAUUUGCCAAUGAAAGUUGUAGACAUGUUUGGUAGCCAUUUACCUGUAUGUGCAAUUGGCUUCCCAUGUUUGCAUGAACUUGUGAAACAUGAAGAAAAUGGUUUAAUAUUUAAAAACUCUCAUGAACUGGCCAUGCAACUAAAGCUUCUCUUUACAGACUUCCAGAAUGAAAAGAACAAACUAGGUGUAUUUAAAAGAAACCUGAGGGAAUCAAAGAUGGUUCAGUGGGAUGAGAAUUGGGAUGAAACAGUACUUCCUCUGCUGGCAGCAAAUCAUUGAAGUUUGUGACUUGUUUUAGGGAUGAGUAAGCAGUGCUGACUAUCGAGUCUGUCUGUUAUUGUCUCUACCCAGCAGGAUCGUGAGAUGAUCAAUCAACAGAAACCUCUGUUCAGAAUAGACCUAGAGCAGCAGUGCUGGACAUUGUCUCAGUGGACCAAUAAAGACUAGAUAUCUAUACUCCAGAAAUUUUGAUUUGUAAAUUUAUUGAAAUAUUUGAGGCAGUGUAAGAAUUGGAAUGUUUUUAAAGCAGGUUUUUAACAUGUUUUAAUCCAAAAUUCUGAUAAUUAUGAACGUUUUAAAUCACAUCAUUUGAUGAUUUAAAUGUCAUUGUUACUUAGAGCAUAGGAAUCACAUCAAGUUGGUGCCAGCUCUCCUCAGACCAGUCCAGGUAGUUCCACUCCCCUGUUCAAUCUUUGCAAAGUUAUUUCCUUCAUGUUUUUGUCUAAUUUCCUAUUGAAAUCAUUGUUUCAUCUUCCCCAUCCUGCCCCACCUGUGUGUUCCAGGUUAUUACCAGUCCCUAAAUAGUUUCUUCACAUUUCCCAUACCUUUUUGCCCAAAAUGUUAAAUGUAUCCCCUCAUUCUUAUAGAAGCAGCAAAUUGGAAUAAUUUUUUCCUUGUUUAUUAAUUCCAAAUCUUUAAUAAUUUUGUAACUUUUAUCAAACCUCCCUUGCAUUGAAAACAACCCCAUCUUUUCCAACUAAACUGGGUACUUGUCUGCCCAUUCUAUUAGGCCAGGUAUACCAUAUUGCAGUCGAUUGGUCUCAUCCUUAGUGUAUACCACACCUCCAGGUUUGGCAAAUUCAGCAAAUUUUGUAUUUCUACUCUUUACCAAGAUUCAAGUCAUUUAUAUACAGCAAUGAAAGCAAUAAUCCCAGCACUGACCCUCUGGAUACACCAUUGUCUGCCAUGCAUUAAUCUGAUAAAGAACCAUUUAUCAAGUCUUGUAGUGUUCUGUAUUUGGUCACUUUCCUUGUAUUUGACCCUCAAUUAAGUUAACCAAUCUUUAAUGUAAUAUUUAACCCUUCUGUUUUUGAUCAAAAAUCCAAUUAAUUAGUCAAGCACAUUCUCUUACCAAUCUGUGGGGACUCUUUAUUUAACUCAAACCUCUUCAACUGCACGGUGAAGAUUUUUCUUCGAAAUAUUGUUUCUUACUCACCGAUGUUAAACUAAACAGGGGGAUUGUUGCUGAGACCGUCCUUAGAUCUUUUCAUGGAUAAGUUUAUAACAUUUACCAUUCUCUAAUCUUCUGGCAUCUCCCUCAUUUCCAGACAAGAUUAGAAAGUUAUUACAAGCCAUUCUGCUUUCUCAACUUAUUGUUCUAAAUAUAUAGAUACAGAGGACUUACUCAUGCCUUGUAUGAGGACAAAGCUAACUCCCGUUCCAGUACUGCCUCCUUUCUAGUUGGACUGAGUACUGAUCAAGAAUGUUAUCCUGAAUGUAUGUCAAAAAUUCCUCCCCCACCCCUUACUCUUUAUUUGUUAUUCCAAUAGCAAUUUAGAUAAUUCAAAUAUCACUGUGUAAUUUUUGCAUAUCAAAGAUCACCUGCAAAUUUUAAUCCUCUUUCUCCCCCAACUCCCCGCAAUGUUUCAGGGCCUGCAGAGUAUACUCAAGAAUCAAAUCAUUGUUUUGUUUUUUAAUUCAAACUAAAUUUAUACUGUCCUUGCACUCCUCCCCCCCCCCCCCAGACAUUUUUUUGCAAGUAUGCACUGUCUCUCAAAUUGAUUGGAAAAAUUUAAAAUUUCACAAGUUAUAGAGAAAGGAGACCUUCCCAAUAACAUGACAUUUGAUUUUCUUUUGAAUGUAAUCAGUUGGCUCCAAACCCAGACUCCAUUCCCUCCAAGGAUCGCCAGACCCAAAAUUUUAACUGAUUUUUCCUCAGAUGUUGCUAGUAUCCAAAACAUAAGCUCGAAAUAUUUGUUUCCAGUUGAUUUUUGAUUAUAUCACUACUGAAAAGUUUUGCAAGGUUUAGUAAAAUACUAUUUUUGUACUAACUUAUGGAAUAUCAGUAACUCUCAGUCACAGCUCUAAAACAAAACAAUACAUCAAUAAACAAGUGCAAAACUAGAAUUGUCAAAUUGAAAAUCCAUUUCCUAAUGAAUUAUUGCUAAAGGUUGAGAACGGAUCCCCCCACAGCAACCCUGUAAUCCCUGCUGCUGGAAACCAGGAAUUUAUGCAGCAGCAGGAAAGAAAGCUAUACCAGAUGUGAUACCAGAUUGCAGCUUUCUAGUACUGAAUAGAUACAGAAGGUCUCAGUAAUGCGCCAAGAACAAAAUACCUACUAUUUUUCAAUUUUCACAACGACAAUGUGACAAAUAGAAAUAAGUAGAGACCAUUUGAGUGCUUAGAUUAUGAACAUAAUAUUUUAUUAUAGCUGAGUAAACAUUUCAGUUUCAAGACAUAUUUUCAGAAGCUCUAUUUUUGUGCAUCUGUUGUAAGGAAACACCGUUCUGGUGGGACCUGGAAUCACUUGGUGUCCAAUUCCAACUUUAUCUGUUUUGAAAAGGAAAAAAAUAAAGUUUUAUUUUCUUUA